CAGUGGAAAUCACAUGACCUGCUUGUCAGAUUGCAUGCUGCUGGUAUUAAAAUGUUUCUAGGACCACCACCGAAUGUCAACUUCGAAAAUUGUUACAUUAUUACAAGAAAAGACACAUGUUUGUUCUCUUUUCCGGUGUACAGUUUUAAAGGUUCCGUUUAGGGCUCACGCUAUCUUCGCAACUGUUGUUGCACGGACCUAAAAUCUGACAGCCAGGCAUAGCUGUUAGCUGGAGACGGAGAGCGAAAGUGCGAGAGGAGAGUGAUUGCGAAUUCGCUGGGUAGAAAGGAAGGCUAGCCAAGUGAGGCCUGAGCAAGAGGAUCUUGUUCACCUCCGACCGAAACACGGCGGAAUCAUGGCCAACAUCGCGGUUCAAAGGAUAAAACGGGAAUUCAAAGAGGUUCUCAAAAGCGAGGAGACAAGCAAAAACCAGAUAAAGGUGGACCUGGUGGACGAGAACUUCACAGAGCUUAAGGGGGAGAUUGCAGGGCCACCUGACACACCAUAUGAAGGUGGUAGAUACCAACUAGAAAUAAAAAUUCCAGAGACAUAUCCAUUCAAUCCUCCUAAGGUACGAUUUAUCACCAAGAUCUGGCAUCCCAACAUCAGCUCAGUCACAGGUGCAAUAUGUCUGGACAUUCUUAAAGACCAAUGGGCUGCAGCCAUGACGCUUAGGACGGUGCUCCUGUCACUACAAGCCUUAUUGGCAGCUGCCGAACCAGACGACCCACAGGAUGCUGUGGUGGCAAAUCAGUAUAAGCAGAACCCAGAGAUGUUCAAACAGACGGCUCGGCUCUGGUCCCAUGUGUACGCUGGGGCUCCUGUGUCUAGUCCAGAGUACACCCGCAAAAUAGAUAAACUCUGUGCCAUGGGCUUCGACAAAAAUGCAGUAAUAGUGGCAUUGUCGUCGAAAUCUUGGGACGUGGAGACGGCGACAGAGCUACUGCUCAGCAACUGAAUCUCCAACCCUUGCCUCCCCACCCCCACCCCACCCCAGGACUGCCCAAUCUUACCCCACCACACCAUCUCUGUCCUCUAUCUGACCUUUACAUAUACUCAUCCUCCCUCUCCUUUGUCUAACCCUCUCUGCUGUCUCUCCUCACCUCUGAUCCCUGUGUCUCAUGGCGGACCCUCCCACUCCCGUUCCAUCCGCCCAUCCGUCAACGGCCUUUCCUCUGCAUCGUGACACCUCCUACAAGUCCUCGUCUGCCACCCCCUCUGUUCUGCAUCACACUCCUUUCUCCCUCUCUCUCUUUCUCUCUGUCUCUCUGUCUCUCUCUCUGUCUCUCUGUCUCUGUCUCUGUCUUUCUCUGUCUUUAUUCUCUACCACACCGUCUGUCAUUCAACAUUCCGUCAUGUACCACAGUAAGAUGUCUGAUCACCUCCCCCUCCUUGAGCCAAGUGCCAUUGCCACCCCACUCUCUCAUUUUUUGUGUCCGCCUCACAGCGUAGCGCCCCACGUAGCUUUCUUUGCCUCCAGUUUUUUUGUAUUUAUUUUUUUACAUCAAGUAUGGUGGGACAGAUGCCAGGCAAAGAUGAUUGGACAUUUUACACACCUUUUCUAAGCACUUCAUGCAUCACAGAUGUUACCUUGCAGUAGCCACACCCAUAUAAUGUCCAGGUAACCCCCUCCCAACCUAUGGGUAACCUCCCAUCUUCCCGCGUCCUCUAUCAUGGCUACUUUCACUUUCACUCUUCUUCAACCCCUCCUCCCCCCCUUUUGGUUCUUGCCUCCCACAGGAAUCCAUUUGGAUUCCCGUUUUUAAAAGAAAUAAAUCAAAACAGUUACGCUCUCUUACGUUACUGUUCACAGAUUUACGCAACUCAAGCAGAAAUGAGACUGGGAAAAAAAGGUUUGAAAAAUAUUGCAUCCACUGAACUACGCCAACAGAGAAUAAACUAUGUCAAAAAAAUAUUUCAUCUGUAAAUAAAGCUAUUAAAGUCUGUGUAAAAUAA